AUGGAUUAUUCACCUAUAAACACCGCGCUGGAAGAGUUUAAUGACUACUUUGUUGGAGAAUGGCUUGAAAAUGAUGCAAUUGGAAAUAUGUGGAAUUGCUACAAGGAAAAACAUAGAACUACAAACUCUUUGGAAGCCUGGCAUAGCAAAUUAAACAGAAGGUUGGGAAAAGUCAAUCCCAAUGUCUGCCAAUUGGUCUCUGCUCUAAAAGAAAAUGCCAUACACAACACUUUUUUACAAAACCGUCUAGAAAUCAACCUGACACCGAGCAAACGCUCGCAAUAUAGCAAUAUAUAUAAAUUUGGAUGCAGCCAUUGA